UAUCUUAUUGUGGCUGUUUUCAUUUUCACUUUUGUGUACACGUUACUGUGUUUGUGUUUGUGUGGGUCAUAUGAUCUUCCCACAUGACACAGACGACUAUCAUAUCUUAUCUCUAGAUCUUAGUGAUAUGUAAUGGGUUCUAGUUUUUGGACUUAGAUAAAUUAUGUAGAUGAAUUAGACUCUAGUGGUGAACCUAGUACGGUACUUUCCAGGUUUGAGUUUGAUUAGAGGUGGAGUAAAGUUAUUAUUGCAAAGUUAUUGUUGUAUGUUAUUGUGAAAUCCAAACUGUGAAGUGGGUGCCCAGAACAAUUUUUUUCAACUGAUGAAAGAGAGAGAAGGAAGUACAAUAAUAAAACAUUACAUCAUGUCAGCACAUAAAAAGCUAAUGAUGGAAUACUUAUUCCUUAUAAUCAUCACAGUUAACCUAGGAAUUCAUAUCACAUCCUCUACAGAAACAAAGAGUAACACCUGCAGAAAUAAUGUGCAUGUUUACGACAAGCUGAAAAUCAAGCUGAAACUCCUUAUAUCAGAAUUCUCGCAGCCUAAACAGGUCUGGGUACAGAUAAUUGGACAGUUAUAUUCUAUUAUGGAUGAAACACCCCUAAGACCUGCGGUUAUAAUGGUGGUUGUUCCUCAAGAUACAAAACGAGAGAGUAUGUGUUUUGUUCAGCAUGUUUCUGAAAGUGUUGCUGCAGCAUUUGAUGAUUCAUCAUAUAUAGUCUACAAUGCCAAGAGUGAUAGUCACUUGGAUCCUUUUAUGAUGAAGCAAAUUUUGGAUAAUAAACUUCAACAACUGCAAAGUGUACACGUGGCAAUAAUCGAUGGCAUUGAGUCGAUCCCAGGCAACGCUUCAAUGAUUCUUCAUGGUUAUUGUGAUAAUGACAAUGCACCUUAUAAGCAGAGUCUCAUCUUCCUAAUACUCAAUUUAUCAAUACAAUACGCAACUCUACAAGAGGAAAAACUGGACAAGGUCGUCGAUGAGUACCUACACGAACUAUGGGGGACACAGCUCCGAGUAAAAGAUGUCUCUGCAUUAGUUGCCCGAGUUGCCAGCAUGCCCGUGCUUGUGCAGCCUGAGAAAGAAGAAAUUCUGGAUUGUUUGUGUCCACCUUGACUGCACAUUCUUUGUGACUAAGCGCAACCUUAGUGAGCAAUGUUAUAUUGUGAAUAAAAAUAUAUAUGGAAAAACUGAUAGACGAAUAGAUAGAUUGAUAGAUAGAUAAAUGAAUAGUUACAUAGAUAGAUAAAAACAUGUACUGAUAGAGAUGUACCUAUUUAGCCGAAAAAAAUAAAUAUACAUAGAAAAAAAGAUAAAUACUCUGAUAAAUGGAUUCACAAAGAGAACUAAAAACUUAUAUAUCUAUGCCUAUGUAUGUAU